AUGGCUGCCCUUGUUCUUUUUGCUGUGCUUGGCCUGGCUGUGGCGCUCCUUGUACUCCUUUUUGGUGAUGCGCCUGCAGUUCGCCAUUCGCCAGUGCAUCGAUUGCAUCUCCGUCUCUCGUGCAUGGUGGGCUCGAUUCUGCGCUUUUUCGCAAGACAUGAGCGCAUAAGCUCUGCUCUACGAUGGAGUGUGCCCAUAUUCUACGCAGUUGUGGUGUUUUAUUGUGUCCGGUUAUUUUUCGUUAAUGUGAAGCCGAAUCUUGAGCCGUCGAACAUGCGUGAAGUAUCAAUCACAGCCACACUUUUUGCCGUGUUACUUUCCACAAUUGGUGUGACGUUUGCGAAUCCAGGCUACGUGACAGCAGAAAAUGUGGAGCGAGAGCGUUUGGCCUACAAAGACAACGGCCUAAUCUUUUUCGGGCGCGUUUGCCCUACUUGCAACUGGAAACGACCCGCUCGCUCGAAACACUGUUCUGUGUGCAACAAAUGUGUGCUGGUUUUCGACCAUCAUUGUGUCUGGGUGAACAAUUGCGUUGGCCGUGGAAACUAUGUGUGGUUUAUGGCAUUUCUUGUGCUGAACAUUGCCAUGAUGGUUUACGGGGCCAUACUUUGCUUCAAAGUUCUUCAUAGACAAGAACGGCCACAUGGCUGGUGGAAGCUUAUAGUGAGAACAUCUCACGGAAACAAAGUGGCUGGCACACUUUUACUUUUGUGCGUGCUUCUCCUGGCUGUGACCACAAUAUUCACUCUUGUCCACGUAAACUAUCUCUAUUUAGGUGUUACUACUAAUGAGGCUGAUAAAUGGGCGGAAAUUGAGCACUUGGUGGAUCUCGGCGUGCUUUAUUAUGUGCGAGAUGGUUAUUACGUGGAGGAGGCACAGUUGGGUACCACAAGAGUAUAUCUCAGUUUGGACGACGAGAAAAUACAGUUCACGGAAAAGAAUGCACCAGAUAUAACUCGGAUUGAGCUGGUUCAAACAGAUUUGGUCAAUAUCUACGACAGAGGGUUUUGGGGCAACGUAUGCGAGCGUCUCUUUUGCAAAGUAUAA